AUAAUAAGCAUAAUACAACUUUAAUUCCACGCUUCUUCCACCUUAGUACAUACAAAACAUGCCGAACAACAUCGUUCCGUGAUUGUUAUUCGCCUAUGGUAAAUAUAGAGUUGAACAGACAGAAUUGAAUAAAGGUGAUAAUAAGGUUGCUUAAACAUUCAAAUAAAUAAACAAAGAGGAACAAAAACACAAAUUAAUUUUAAGCGUUUUCAUCUCAGUGUUAUGUUUAUAAUAACAGAUCGUAUUUUGGAGUCAUCUGAAAAGCUAUUAUUUUUAUUGAUUAUCACUAGAUACAUUUUCUCGACGAGGCUCGAUCUCCGGAUCCUUUAAUUGGCAGCUGUCUACAUCCACACUGUUCUAUCCAUGGUUGUAAGUUUCUGCAGUAUUAUAGGCGUACUUAAAGAAUAGAUAUAUAAACGAAACACUUGCUGAAUUACCGUUUUUUAAAUGGUAUACAAACAUUUUUAUCCUUGUUGUUUAUUAGUGCUUAUACAAAACCAUCAACGCAACGUUGUUUCCCGUUUGAUCAUUUAUAAACGUAUAUGUUUGCUAUAAGCGCUACUAAUGUUCAAUAAAAAUCGAUUAAAUACUUCUAAAACAAACUGGUAACACUGACUUUCUGUUCAUGGUGUCUGAAUGUCAAACCAAAACAACAACAGUUCUGUCGAUCUCUUUUUCCGUAUUAGUUUUUUUUUAUUGUGAAAAAUGGGUAAAGACUAUUUCGUGGUGGUACAAACAAUAGAGGCUGGUAAGCCAGUGUUGACAGUGGUCCCACACAAAUGGGUGAAUGGGAAUACUCUCUUAUGGCCCCCCAAGCAGGCAAAUGAACUACGGAAGAAUGCUGCAUCGUUGCCCAUGUCCUCCUGGAGUAAAAUGUCCUGUUCAGUGAAACGUAAAUAUAUUCCAACAUUCGCGGAUGCUGAACAAGAGGCUGACGAACUUUCGGGCCUAUCCACCGACGCUUCAGAUUUUGCUCCAAGGCGCAAGAAGAAGUUCAAGAAACCGGCAUUCAACAAGGAGAUUGAUUUAAACCAUCUGGUAACUGGUCAAGCACAAAUAACGCCAGUGAGUCCUCCAGCCGUGCCGGUAACCAGCCAGCCAGUACAGGUGACUAGCCAGCCGGUUGAAAACAUUUAUUAUGAACCGGAUUUGAAUGAACUGCUGGCAAAUUCGCAAGGAAUCGCAUUGGACUUCCCUUCAACUGUUGCAGCCCAAAUACCCACAACUCCAACAAUCCCGGUGGAAGCUAUGCUUUCGGAAGGAUACGUUGUCAAUGUUGAACAGCCGGAUGCGGAUAGAAUUAUUAAACAAAUUUCUGAUAAGAUCGAGAUGGUAGCUGAAAAAGUGGUUGACGAGCAGCAAAGAUCGAAAUGCAAAUAGAUACUGCAAUUCGCCAAAAGAUGUGCGACCCAUAUUCUGAGGCAUCAUCAUCCUUCCAAUUUUGCCCGGUGACGACUACGGAUGGAAUAGACGCAUUGGAAGAAAAUCUCAAUAAUGAAUCGUUUGCCAAGCAGUUGGUAGGUGUUAAUUAUUUGAUUUAAUAUAUGGAUUUUUAAUAUUGACGAAUCUUGUACUUCAUUCUCAAACUUAUUUUUAGUUCGCUCAAAUGAAAAGGAUUAUUGGACACACCGGCGAUGCCUGUAACGGAUUGAAUAUUGCGUAUGGAUUGAUUGACCACUUUUUCGACAGGAAGUUGAUGCUAUUUUGCUCUUGGACGGGUGAAAGCAGAGGAGAUAGCGUCAAAUAUCCUAUGAGGAAAUGUGUCAAUAUUCUUGACAUUUUCUUCAAACUUAUCCGUAGUGUGAAUAGCACAUUCUCACGUACAUUGCUUGAAGAUUUCUUCAAGAGGAUCACAAGAAACUCAAAAAAGAGAAGCGAAUCAAAAGGCAAGCGACAAUCCACAAUUCACCGAAGGGCGAAGACAAAAAAGGAGAACAAAGGAAGCAAUUCCGGUGAGUAAAUCUAUAACAUAUAUAAAAAUUUUGGCAUGGCACAGACAAAUAGACGUCAGAUUAUUUUUUGAUUUCCUUUUUGUGUUACUUUAGUUUGUCUGUGUCAAAAUUUUGAAACGUGGUAGAUUACAAAUGAACUACAUAUUAGCACUGUUAGGGCAAAUGUACCACCACAUAAGGCCAAACAGCUAAAAUGUUCUUCUACAAUAGCAGGGCUGAUAGCAGGUCUCUGUUAAGAAAUUUGGUCUCUAUUCAAUGCAUCGUAAAAAAUUAUAUAACCAAUAGUGCUAUUACCGAUUAAGUUUAAGUGUUUUUUUAAUAUUAUUUCAAUACAAUACAAGUUUGAUAUCCUCAGAUUACUCAUGCUGUUGUUCCAUACAGAGAAUUUCAGCUUUAUGUUGUAAGAAUUACCAUUAUGUUAUAAUUCAACAAUAAAAUAUACUUUGUCAACUCACUCUUAGACUUCAAAAAGUCAAUUGAAUUACACUAAUUAGGGAUAUUCAGAAUAUACUUAUGAAUUAUUAACUAAUAAAAUACGAAAUUUAAAUAUAAAUUUUAUUAUAAUGGUAAUAGUUAAUAAUUUAAACAAAAAGUUAGGUAAAGUUUGGAUUGGUUUUAGUUUACUUGAUAUCUUUAGUCCCUUUUUGUUUUGUUUUCGGUUCCUGUUUCGCCCCUUUUUCAGGUAAGAGAUCUCUAAAGUUCCUUUUUUUAAGUUAGUCGCUACCAGCCCUGUCAUAGACAUACUGAAAUGAUUUCAUUGCAACAAAAUGUGUUUGGGUGCACCAUGAUUACCGAGAAUGUUUUAGUAAUUUAUACAAAAAAGGUAGACAAGUAAACAACAAAGUUCUGUAACUGGACUCGUUUUUAAUUUUAUGUUCAUAUUAUUUUCAGAUUUUGAUUGUGCUUUAGGACUAUCAAGUGUUUCUGCCACGCCGAAUCUACUCCCUGUUGACCAGGAUAAACCAGAAACGUCUGGAGUGCACGUCGAUGAAAACGAGGACUAUGAAACCAAUUCAGAACACGAAGAAGAAAAUUCGCUAGAAGAUUCUGAUGACGAUUGAUAUGAGAUUUUGAUUUUUUUUUUCAUGAAUGGAGAUAUAAAUUCCGGUUAAGAUACGAAUACGGUUAAGAAUACGGGCGUGCAGAAACAAAAUUCAAACGGAAGUAAUGUUACCAAACUGGAUGGAGAAAAUGUUUCAACGUUUUUAAUGAUGAACUGAAGAUGUUGUUUUGUUUUUUUUAAACAAUUAGUUAAUUAGAGCUAAUAACGACCAUUCAUAUUAUUUUAUUUGGAUAUCGACGUUUGAUAAUUAGAUACAGAUAAGAUGCACGAAUAAUCACAACAAUCAAUCAGAUUCAAAUGUAUGUAAAAGCGGAAUGUAAACAUAAUUAUUAACAUUGUAAGGAAUUACAACAAACUUGCACAAGAUGUCUUCUAUACUAUAAGCCUUCGACUGUUUCAAAUGAGAAAUCUGAGCUUCGUAAAUGUACAAAAACGACGAGCGAAUAGGUAGUUUGAAAAAAUCAGUUUGAUAAACUAGAGCUUUACCGUGUACUAAAACAUUAUUGUCAGGAUCAGUCGAAGCGUCAACCAUUUGAACAAUUUCAAAUUCCUUUGUUAAAAACCACGAAUCUUUAAAUACAUUAUUGAUUUCUAACCCUUGACGUACCUCACACUGAA